AUGAAGUUCACCUUUGCUACUGCUCUCGCCGGCGCGCUCGCCACGCUCGCCGCUGCUGCAACCAAGCCUGUCUUCGUUGACACCCCGGUUUCGCUUGUUCGAUGCGAGAUCAGCACGUUCCACUGGGGUGGCGGAGUCCCUCCUUACUUCGUGACAUACCGGUUAUUCAACUUGAUGCCCGUUCGCAGGGUCCUUGACGCGAUCAACAAUACCGCAGUCGGCGAGUUCGGCAAUACGGAAGAAGACGGUGCUGAAUGGCUUGUCGUCGCCCCAGUCGGCGAUCCGCUCUACCUGGAAGUCAGGGACUCUGACGGCCACUUAGCCGUCUCUGCCCAGGUCAGGGUCCAGCCUGGAGACCACGAGUGCUAA